AUGGCGGAAUCUCCAAGUCUCCUCCUCUCGAAAGCCAGAGAUCUUCUUGCUACUCCAAGCCACGAAAGACUCGAGCUUUUGCUCAAUCAACUCGCUAAACCUCAAGAAUCCAUCGAAUUCCAAUCGGCUCUUGCUCUAUUCAAAUUCUGCGCUUCGAAAUUCCCAAAUUGCUUAACCCUAAUGCUUCUCAAAAUCUAUCGAUCUUCUUCCAACGAAACCACCAGAUUCCAAUCAAUCCAUCUCCUUUCUUCGACCCUCGACGUAUUCCGAAACCGCGAAACCCAUCUCUCUCUCGUCGCGCUCAUCGAUAUCAAACCCCUUUCGAUUUCAUGCUUGAAGAUGGAAGAAACCGAAGAAACCCACAUGAUGAUCUUUCGAAAGAUCGUCUCUUUCGUUGCUUAUAACGUUGUAUCGUUGGAUAAUGAUGGUUGGGAUGAGCUUAGUGAUUGUAUCCUCUCUUUUGUGGAAACCCAACCUUUAAAAGCUUUUCAUUUGUUCAUCGAAUUGCCUCGAGUUUAUAAAAGAUUCAUUGAUAGGUUUAUGCAGAGAAUCCUUGUGGAAGGAGAGAAAUUGUUGAUUAAGGAAGAUGAUGUUGAAGUUUGGAGUAUGGUAAGGAUCAAUGCCUUUUAUGUGUCAGCUUUCAUGAGCCAGAUCAGAGAACUCGGAAGAAAGGUCAAGGAGGUUACGACGAGGAUCAAUCGGUUUAUUCGUGCUAACAUCAAUGAAGAUCUUGAUCGUGUUUAUUUCAAACAUUUGAACACUUUAUCGUUGGUUCAAAUCGUGGAAAUUUUUGCCUCGGUUGAUCAGGAAGAGAGGUUUAAAGAUAUGGCAAUCAGACGGCUAAACUUCUUACUGUCUGAUGAUAAUCCGAAGAAAGCGAAAACCGAUGUUCCUUUGAUGAGAAAACUCCAGACAUUGCUCGUUUCUUGGCUUACGAAAGAAGGAAUCUCUGAGAGUAUGUUCAAAAUAAUUGGUGAGGUUGUGUACCUUGUUGCGGAUGAGAUGUUCUCCCUAAGAGAGCCAUGGUUGGGUCUACGCGAUUACAUUGUAUCGCAGAGCAAAACAGAGUUUCAGAGAGCGGUUUAUAUCUUCUGUUGCUUAAGAAUGCCGCUUGACGAGGAAGGGUUUGUGGUUCCUGUGAUGGAGAAACUUCUCCCUGAGAUAAGCUCAAGGCUAARCCCACCACCAAGUGAGGUAUUGGUAGAUAACAGUGGAUGGGUUUUGGCSUUUACGGGUGCGUUCUGUGCGAUCAUUCACUUGAUAGAGGCCGAGGAUCACGGAGAAUCGGUUCAUGAGAUUGCUUAUAAGAUGAUAGAUUCAGUGAGAAAGCUUGUUGAAAGAGAAAUGGAAGUUGGACUUGUGAGGAGAGCUUUCAGAGAUGUGGAAAGCAUUGUGAUGAAAGAUAUGGUAUGGUAUAGUUCAAACGAAUACAAAUUCGUAAAGGGUAUGCUUUGGAGACUUAAUGAAAUCAAAGGAAUGAAAAUGGAGAGUAAGAUUGUGUUGUGGAGAAUUAAUGUUCGUCUCGAGAGAGGAGUGGCAGCUAAGGAAUCUAAAGUACUUCCAGACCCAGAGAGUGAGUUUGAUUGGCUAAACCAAAAUGAAGGUUAG